GAAAAGGUAAAAUGGAUGACAGUCCGUGAUUCAAUUUUGUUUAUUGUUUAUUCAUUAGCGAUUGCAGCUCCAGCUAGUUUUACUUUGAUGGUGGUUAUCGAAGAUAAACUUUCGUGCUCUAUUUAUAAAACAAGUUAAAGAUUCUGACGGAUUAUUAUUGCAAUGUUUGAAGUGUGCUGCCGGUUGUGUUUAGAACAAACGCCACUCAGUGAAAUACAUUCGCUGUACAGCAAGCAUAAGGAAUUCAUAAUCCGUGACAAAAUUUAUCAACUAUUUCAGAUCAAGUUUUCAGACACGGAAAAGUUAUCAACCAUUUGCAACGGGUGUUUGGAGAAAAUUGAUAUAGUAGACGAUAUUAGAAAUUUGUUCGUGGCUUCCGAGGAAAAAUUUCAAAUAUUGUUGAAAGGCAAUCACGAUACCGAACAAAAUGAUUCGGAUACAAAGCAAGAAGUCUUGAGCCAGGAAGAGAUCCCGACAAAGGCAAGCGAAGCGACUAGCACUGUGUCCUCAGACUACUUGCCGUCUUCUUUAAAACAAGAAACUUAUCAAGAACCUAUAAUAGAUGAAGUAGAACUUAUUUGUAACGUGCAAGAAGAGGAAGAUGAGCUACUUGAGCCAUCAUUGGUUGACGUUACCGAACACUUGUCAGAAGCAGAAAUAUCUGUAUAUGAAGAUGACAUAAGUUCACUGGAAGAAGAGUCGCGCGAGUGUAAAACUGAAGGCGAUGAGUUUAGUAAUGUUGAACACGUUAUAUACACAUCGGAUCAAAGCUUCAGCUCCGUAAAUCAAGAAAGUCUGAAACCUGCGGAAAUGAUACAUAAUGUCGAUUGUACUGAAUAUGACAUAGAUGAAUUGUUGGAGGUAGACGACGAAAAGUUGACCUCCUUAGAUGUCUCCGACGAUGAACGAAUCGGCAAUGAUACAACACAGCAUCAAUGUAAUGUGUGCCAGGACAUAUUUGAAAACAAAAUUGCCCUUAUUCGACACACCAAUACAGCUCAUUUUCCUGAGUAUGCAUAUCAUUGUCGACAUUGUUCAUUGAUUUUCCAAUCAACAACUGAAUUGAAAAUGCACGAUUGUGCUCAAAAACCUCGCAUUUUUGAAUGCUCGGAAUGCACAGAACGUUUCCGUAACGUAAAAGAUCUUCGCGUUCAUACACAAAAUGCACAUCAAAUUAAAAAAGAGUAUGUAGGAAAUGCCCCCCGGAAAACAAAUUUGUACAAAUGCGACUUUUGCUCAGAAAUACUCCCGAAUUCAAAUCGGCUUAUUGAACAUGGUCGACUUUCUCAUCCGAAUAUAUUCGUACUACAUUCAUGCGAACGAUGCGAGAAAACUUUCGGAAAUCUUCAAUCAGCCCACGCUCAUCAGGUGGCUCACGAAAAGCACUACGAAUGCAGUCACUGCGGCAAGAUAUGUCCAACUGCCGUAUCUCUGUCUGGACAUGAGAAUACUCACACUAAGGACCAACCUUUCCAAUGUUCUGAAUGCGGACGCAAUUUCGCCCAAUAUACGAGCAUGCGUCGGCAUAUGAAGAUACACUUCAACGAGAAGGCUUAUCAGUGUGAUAUGUGCCCGAAACGAUUCAGGCAACGGUCGGUUAUGCUCACGCACAGAAGGAUACAUACGGGUGAGAAACCAUUCAACUGCGGCAUCUGCAACAAAACAUUCCGGGAUCAUAGCACGUUGGCCAAGCAUAAGAGAGUGCACGAAAAAGGUACCCGAAGAGAAAAAUGAAAACGAUUUUAAGCGUUCAUGUAAAGUAAAUAAAACUUAAUAAAUCCUAUAUAUUAGGAUUGUAAAAGUCGGUAAAAAAUUCAUUCCUCCUUUGCUAAGGCACUCUUCAUCCUCAAAGAACUUAAUGCAACUAUGAAGAUCAGAUUACCACAUGAAAAUUCUGUCAGCUUACUGGUACA